AUGGCGUUCGUACCCCCAACGGGGCCCACGGUGGUGGACCAGACCACCCUAAUGAAGAAAUACCUCCAGUUUGUGGCUGCUCUGACAGAUGUCAACACUCCUGAUGAAACUAAGUUGAAAAUGAUGCAGGAAGUCAGUGAGAACUUUGAGAAUGUCACCACAUCAGCCCAGUAUUCCACCUUCCUGGAGCAUAUUAUCCCACGCUUUCUUACCUUUCUACAAGAUGGGGAAGUCCAGUUCUUACAGGAGAAGCCUGCACAGCAAUUGCGCAAGUUAGUUCUAGAAAUAAUCCACCGGAUCCCCACCAAUGAACAUCUCCGCCCUCACACCAAAAAUAUUCUGUCUGUCAUGUUUCGUUUCCUGGAGAUUGAAAAUGAGGAGAAUGUUUUGAUCUGUUUAAGAAUCAUCAUAGAGCUACACAAGCAGUUCAGGCCACCAAUCACCCAAGAGAUUCAUCAUUUCCUUGACUUUGUCCGUCAGAUUUAUAAAGAGCUUCCAAAAGUUGUAAAUCGCUACUUUGAGAACCCACCUGUGAUUCCCGAAAACACUGUUCCUGCACCUGAAAUGGUCGGCAUGAUUUCCACCAUUGUUGUCAAAGUAAAUCCAGAGCGGGAAGACAGUGAAACAAGAACACACACAAUCAUCCCUAAAGGCUCUCUCUCCCUCAAGGUGCUGGCGGAGUUACCAAUUAUAGUAGUUCUUAUGUACCAACUCUACAAGCUAAACAUUCACAACAUGGUGUCAGAAUUUGUCCCUUUGAUCAUGAACACAAUUGUAACCCAAGUUUCCGCCUCUGCCAGGCAGCACAAGUUGUACAACAAAGAACUCUAUGCUGAUUUUAUAGCUGCCCAGAUCAAAACAUUAUCGUUUUUGGCUUACAUCAUUAGAAUCUAUCAGGACACUGUGGCAAAGCAUUCCCAACAAAUGGUUAAAGGCAUGCUGCAGCUUCUUACCAACUGCCCACCGGAAACCGCUCACCUCCGGAAAGAGCUGCUUAUUGCUGCAAAACAUAUCCUCAGCACAGAUUUAAGAAGCCAGUUCAUCCCCUGCAUGGACAAACUAUUUGAUGAAUCUAUCCUCAUUGGUUCUGGAUACACAGCCCGGGAGACCCUCAGACCAUUAGCAUACAGCACAUUAGCAGAUCUUGUACACCAUGUUCGACAGCAUCUUCCAUUAAACGACUUAUCUGCUGUCCAGCUGUUUGCUAAGAACAUUGAUGAUGAGUCCAUACCCAGCAGCAUCCAGACCAUGUCCUGCAAACUGCUGCUGAACUUGGUGGAUUGUAUUCGCUCCAAGAGUGAGCAGGAAAAUGGGAAUGGCCGUGAUAUUCUCAUGAGAAUGUUGGAGGUGUUUGUCUUAAAGUUCCACACCAUCGCCCGCUACCAGCUGUCAGCCAUCUUUAAGAAAUGCAAGCCCCAGUCUGAGCUGUGUGCAGCUGAUGCCAUCUUAGCCAGUGUCCCGCCAGCUACUCCUGCCAAUGCUUUGCCUGCUGCUCCAUCCACACCGCUUACCCAGGUUCCACUUCUGGUCUUUGACAAGCAAGGAGAUAAAGAUAAAGAAGACAAGCAAACCUUUCAAGUGACUGAUUGUCGCAGCUUGGUGAAGACCCUGGUGUGUGGCGUGAAGACCAUCACUUGGGGAAUUACAUCAUGCAAAGCACCCGGAGAAGCUCAGUUUGUCCCAAACAAGCAACUGCAGCCCAAAGAGACCCAGAUUUACAUCAAACUUGUGAAGUAUGCCAUGCAGGCUCUAGACAUCUACCAGGUCCAGAUAGCUGGGAAUGGGCAGACUUACAUCAGAGUGGCCAACUGUCAAACUGUACGCAUGAAAGAGGAGAAGGAGGUCCUGGAGCAUUUUGCUGGUGUCUUCACUAUGAUGAACCCCCUGACCUUUAAAGAAAUCUUUCAAACUACAGUUCCAUACAUGGUGGAGAGGAUUUCUAAAAACUAUGCUCUCCAGAUUGUUGCCAAUUCCUUUUUGGCGAACCCCACCACGUCGGCCCUGUUUGCUACCAUCCUGGUGGAGUAUUUGCUGGAAAGACUUCCGGAGAUGGGAUCCAACGUUGAGCUGUCCAAUUUGUAUCUCAAGCUGUUCAAGCUAGUGUUUGGCUCAGUUUCCCUCUUUGCUGCAGAUAACGAGCAAAUGCUUAAGCCACAUUUGCACAAAAUUGUGAACAGUUCAAUGGAGCUGGCUCAGACUGCCAAGGAACCAUAUAACUAUUUUUUGCUGCUCCGAGCGCUCUUCAGAUCUAUAGGAGGAGGCAGCCAUGAUCUCCUGUACCAGGAGUUUCUGCCUUUGCUACCUAACCUGCUGCAAGGUUUGAACAUGUUACAAAGUGGCCUACAUAAACAGCACAUGAAGGAUCUGUUUGUGGAGCUGUGUCUCACUGUGCCUGUUCGUCUGAGCUCUCUAUUGCCAUAUCUUCCUAUGUUGAUGGAUCCGUUAGUCUCUGCUCUGAAUGGCUCUCAGACGCUUGUCAGCCAAGGUCUAAGGACUCUGGAGUUGUGUGUGGACAACCUGCAGCCUGACUUUCUGUAUGAUCACAUUCAGCCUGUCCGUGCUGAGCUUAUGCAGGCCUUGUGGAGGACACUUCGUAAUCCUGCAGACAGCAUUUCUCAUGUGGCGUACAGAGUCCUGGGAAAAUUUGGUGGCAGCAAUCGCAAAAUGUUAAAAGAAUCGCAGAAGCUGCAAUAUGUGGUCACUGAGAUACAAGGACCCAGUAUUACAACUGAGUUUGCAGACUGUAAGGCUUCCAUUCAGCUUCCAAUGGAAAAGGCCAUCGAGACAGCCUUGGAUUGUUUGAAGAGUGCAAACACUGAGCCUUACUAUCGAAGACAGGCUUGGGAGGUGAUCAAAUGUUUCCUGGUGGCAAUGAUGAGUUUGGAUGAUAAUAAACAUGCCUUGUAUCAGCUGCUGGCACAUCCCAAUUUCACAGAAAAGUCUAUACCUAGUGUCAUAAUCUCACAUCGAUACAAGGCUCAGGACACGCCAGCUCGCAAGACCUUUGAGCAGGCCUUGACUGGGGCCUUCAUGUCUGCCGUCAUCAAGGACUUGAGGCCAAGCGCACUGCCCUUUGUUGCCAGCCUUAUUCGCCAUUACACUAUGGUAGCUGUAGCUCAGCAAUGUGGUCCAUUCCUCUUGCAGUGCUACCAAGUUGGCAGCCAGCCCAGCACUGCCAUGUUUCACAGCGAGGAAAACGGCUCAAAAGGCAUGGACCCACUUGUACUGAUUGAUGCUAUUGCAAUUUGCAUGGCCUAUGAGGAAAAAGAAUUGUGCAAGAUAGGGGAGGUGGCCCUGGCUGUAAUAUUUGAUGUUGCCAGCAUUAUCUUGGGAUCAAAAGAAAGGGCGUGCCAGUUGCCAUUGUUUUCUUACAUUGUGGAGCGUCUAUGUGCCUGCUGCUAUGAGCAGGCCUGGUAUGCGAAGCUUGGUGGAGUAGUCUCCAUUAAGUUCCUGAUGGAACGCCUUCCUCUGAUUUGGGUGCUUCAAAAUCAACAAACGUUCCUUAAAGCCCUUCUCUUCGUCAUGAUGGACUUGACUGGAGAGGUUUCUAAUGGAGCUGUCGCCAUGGCGAAGACUACUCUAGAGCAGCUUUUAAUCCGCUGCGCAACUCCACUGAAAGAUGAGGAGAAAACGGAAGAUAUCACAAACGCCCAGGAAAAGUCGUUCCAUUUGGUGACGCAUGAUCUUGUGCGGGAAGUGACCUCACCUAACCCUACUGUCAGAAAGCAAGCAAUGCACUCUCUGCAGGUCCUGGCACAAGUCACUGGCAAAGGGGUCACUAUGAUUAUGGAACCCCAUAAAGAGGUCCUGCAGGACAUGGUCCCUCCAAAGAAGCAUCUACUGAGACACCAGCCUGCUAAUGCUCAGAUUGGGCUAAUGGAAGGCAACACUUUCUGCACCACCCUGCAGCCAAGACUCUUCACUAUGGAUCUCAAUGUUGUAGAACAUAAAGUUUUUUACUCCGAGCUCCUGAACCUAUGUGAAGCAGAAGAUGCCACCCUAAUGAAACUUCCAUGUUAUAAAAGCCUUUCUUCCCUUGUCCCGUUGCGUAUUGCAGCUUUAAAUGCCUUAGCAGCUUGCAACUACUUGCCACAGUCUAGAGAGAAAAUCAUUGCAGCUCUCUUUAAAGCCCUGAACUCUACAAAUAAUGAGCUGCAGGAGGCUGGUGAAGCAUGCAUGAGGAAGUUUUUAGAGGGAGCUACAAUAGAGGUAGACCAGAUUCAUACCCACAUGAGGCCUCUACUGAUGAUGCUUGGAGACUAUCGGAGCUUGACUCUUAAUGUUGUAAAUCGCUUAACGUCUGUCACCCGGCUGUUCCCUAACUCCUUCAAUGAUAAAUUUUGUGAUCAGAUGAUGCAACACCUGCGUAAAUGGAUGGAAGUUGUAGUGAUCACCCACAAAGGAGGACAAAGAAGUGAAGGCAAUCCUGCCAUGGAAGGGGUAGAGGAAAUGAAGAUUUGUUCAGCAAUUAUCAAUCUCUUUCACCUUAUUCCCGCUGCUCCUCAAACUCUAGUUAAGCCACUGCUGGAGGUUGUAAUGAAGACUGAGCGGGCUAUGCUAAUUGAGGCUGGAAGUCCAUUUAGAGAGCCUUUGAUAAAGUUCUUAACCAGGCACCCGUCUCAGACUGUGGAGCUUUUCAUGAUGGAAGCUACAUUGAAUGAUCCGCAGUGGAGUCGAAUGUUUAUGAGCUUCUUAAAGCACAAGGAUGCAAAACCAUUACGAGAUGUGCUGGCUGCUAAUCCAAACCGUUUUAUUACCCUUCUAAUGCCUGGUGUGACACAAGCCACGGUGAGGCCUGGUUCUCCCAGCACCAGUACCACAACAAUGCGGCUUGACUUGCAGUUUCAGGCUAUCAAGAUAAUUAGCAUUAUAGUAAAGAAUGAUGAAAACUGGUUGGCCAACCAGCAUUCAUUGGUAAGUCAUUUAAGACGUGUGUGGGUGAGCGAUGCCUUUCAAGAGCGACAUCGGAAAGACAACAUGGUGGCAACAAACUGGAAAGAACCCAAACUUCUGGCCUUCUGUUUGCUCAGCUACUGCAAACGCAAUUUUGGGGACAUUGAACUGCUUUUCCAGCUCCUUCGGGCUUUUACUGGACGUUUCCUAUGCAACAUGACCUUCCUGAAGGAGUAUAUGGAGGAAGAGAUUCCCAAGACGUACAGCAUUGCCCAGAAGAGAGCACUCUUCUUCCGAUUUGUUGAGUUUAAUGAUUCCAACUUUGGUGAUGAGCUUAAAGCUAAGGUUCUGCAGCAUAUUCUGAAUCCUGCAUUUCUGUACAGCUUUGAGAAAAAUGAAGGGGAACAACUCUUGGGCCCACCAAACCCUGAAGGAGAUAACCAGGAGAGCAUCACUAGUGUUUUUAUUACUAAGGUGUUAGACCCAGAGAAGCAGACAGACAUGCUGGACUCCCUCAGGAUUUACCUCUUGCAGUUUGCCACACUUCUGGUGGAACAUGCCCCUCAUCAUAUCCAUGACAACAACAAAAACCGCAACAGCAAACUGAGGCGACUCAUGACCUUUGCUUGGCCAUGUCUGCUUUCUAAGGCUUGUGUAGAUCCAGCAUGCAAGUACAGCGGCCAUCUACUCCUCGCACAUAUCAUAUCUAAGUUUGCCAUACACAAGAAGAUUGUUUUGCAGGUUUUCCACAGUCUCCUGAAGGCACAUGCAAUGGAAGCACGAGCAAUUGUCCGCCAAGCCAUGGCCAUCCUGACUCCAGCAGUUCCAGCCCGCAUGGAGGAUGGACAUCAGAUGCUUACACACUGGACAAGAAAGAUAAUUGUCGAGGAAGGACACACGGUCCCCCAGUUGGUGCACAUUCUGCAUUUAAUUGUACAGCAUUUUAAGGUUUACUAUCCGGUGCGGCAUAGUCUUGUGCAGCAUAUGGUCAGUGCAAUGCAGCGCUUGGGCUUCACUCCCAGUGUUACCAUCGAGCAGAGGAAGCUGGCUGUUGAUCUAGCAGAGGUGGUCAUCAAAUGGGAACUGCAGAGGUUAAAAGAUCAGCCUGAUUCUGACAUGGACGCAAAUGGCAGUGGCGAAGGUGGAAGCUCAGGUGCAGGUGGUGUGAAGAGGAGUAUGACCGUCGAUGCCAGCCAGGAGGUGAAGCGUUUCAGAACAGCUACAGGGGGAAUCAGCACGGUGUUCGGCCGCAGCCAGUCCCUCCCGGGGGCAGAUGCUGUCAUUACUAAACCCAUUGAGAAGCAGCAUACAGACACCGUGGUCAAUUUCCUCAUUAGAAUUGCAUGCCAGGUGAAUGACAAUUCAAACACAGCUGGUUCUCCUGGAGAGCUUCUAUCUCGUCGCUGUGUCAACCUUCUGAAAACUGCACUGCGUGCCGAUAUGUGGCCCAAAUCUGAGCUGAAACUCCAGUGGUUUGAUAAGCUUCUUAUGACAGUUGAACAGCCUGCACAAGCGAAUUUUGCUAACAUCUGUACCGGACUGGAGGUGUUGAGUUUCCUGCUCACUGUUCUGCAGAACCCAGCCAUUCUCAGCAGCUUUAAACCUCUGCAGAGGGGAAUUUCUGCGUGCAUGACGUGUGGGAACACCAAGGUCCUGCGAGCAGUCCAUACAUUGCUAUCCCGGCUGAUGAGCAUUUUUCCUACUGAGCCUAGUACCUCAAGCGUCGCAUCCAAGUUUGAGGAAUUAGAAUGCUUAUACGCAGCUGUAGGCAAAGUCAUUUAUGAAGGUCUUACUAAUUAUGAAAAAGCUACAAAUGCCAACCCGUCACAGCUCUUUGGUACACUUAUGAUAUUGAAGUCGGGGGCCUGCAGCAACAACCCCAGCUAUAUAGACCGGCUCAUAUCCGUUUUCAUGCGCUCUCUGCAGAAGAUGGUGAGGGAACAUUUGAACCCACAGACUACUCCUGGAACUGCUGAAACCAACCCAGCAGGCACUAGUGAGCUGGUCAUGCUGAGUUUGGACUUGGUGAAAACACGCUUGGCAGUAAUGAGCAUGGAGAUGAGGAAAAACUUUAUUCAGAACAUUCUGACUUCUCUUAUUGAGAAGUCUCCUGAUGCUAAAAUCCUCGAGCCGUAGUGAAGAUAGUGGAAGAAUGGCUAAAAAAUAAUACACCUAUGGCAGCAAAUCAGACACCUACACUCCGAGAGAAGUCUAUAUUGCUGGUGAAGAUGAUGACCUAUAUAGAGAAACGUUUUCCAGAAGAUCUAGAGUUAAAUGCACAGUUUUUGGAACUUGUUAAUUAUGUUUACAGAGAUGAGGCUCUUUCUGGGAGCGAGCUUACUGCCAAACUGGAACCCGCUUUUCUUUCUGGACUGCGCUGUGCACAGCCCCACAUUAGGGCCAAAUUCUUCGAGGCCUUUGAUAGCUCGAUGAAACGCCGGGUAUAUGACAGGCUUCUGUACAUCACGUGUUCACAGAACUGGGAAGCUAUGGGAAACCAUUUCUGGAUUAAGCAGUGUAUUGAGCUCCUGUUGGCUGUCUGUGAGAAGAGCACUACAAUUGGCACAAGCUGCCAAGGCGCCAUGCUUCCAUCUAUCACUAAUGUCAUCAAUCUAGCAGAUAGUCACGAUCGGGCAGCCUUUGCUAUGGUAACUCACGUCAAGCAGGAGCCAAGGGAGCGAGAAAACAGCGAAUCCAAGGAGGAGGAUGUGGAAAUUGAUAUUGAGCUUGCACCAGGAGACCAAAGCACCAAUCCAAAAACGAAAGAACAAUCUGAGAAAGAUAUUGGAAACCAGCUUCACAUGUUGACCAACAGACAUGACAAGUUUCUGGACUCAUUACGAGAAGUCAAGACAGGAGCACUGUUAAGUGCCUUUGUCCAGCUCUGUCAUAUAUCAACACCUUUGGCGGAGAAGAUUUGGAUUCAGCUUUUCCCUAGACUGUGGAAAAUACUUACAGAUCGGCAGCAGCAUGCAUUAGCUGGGGAAAUCAGCCCAUUCCUUUGCAGCGGGAGCCACCAGGUGCAGAGAGAUUGUCAGCCGAGUGCCUUGAACUGCUUCGUGGAGGCCAUGUCUCAGUGUGUGCCACCAAUCCCCAUCAGGCCCUGUGUGCUGAAAUACUUGGGAAAGACGCACAAUCUUUGGUUCCGGUCCACACUCAUGCUGGAGCAUCAGGCUUUUGAGAAAGGCCUAAGUCUUCAGAUCAAACCUAAACAGACAACUGAAUUUUAUGAGCAAGAAAGCAUCACCCCACCACAGCAAGAGAUCCUGGACUCGCUUGCAGAGUUAUAUUCCCUUCUCCAAGAAGAAGACAUGUGGGCUGGUUUGUGGCAGAAACGCUGCAAGUUCCCAGAAACUGCCACUGCCAUUGCUUAUGAGCAGCAUGGAUUCUUUGAGCAGGCCCAAGAAACCUAUGAGAAAGCAAUGGAAAAGGCCAAAAAAGAACAUGAAAGGAGCAAUGCAUCUCCAGCUGUUUUUCCAGAAUAUCAGUUAUGGGAGGACCACUGGAUCCGAUGCUCUAAAGAGCUGAACCAGUGGGAGGCCUUGACAGACUAUGGACAAUCAAAAGGCCACAUCAAUCCCUACCUUGUGCUGGAGUGUUCUUGGCGAGUGUCUAAUUGGACUGCCAUGAAAGAAGCCCUUGUACAGGUGGAACUAAGUUGUCCAAAAGAAAUGGCAUGGAAAGUGAAUAUGUACCGUGGUUACCUGGCAAUUUGCCACCCAGAGGAGCAGCAACUGAAUUACAUCGAACGACUGGUUGAAAUGGCAAGCAGCCUGGCUAUCCGGGAAUGGAGAAGACUUCCAUAUGUUGUCUCUCAUGUCCAUACACCAUUGUUGCAGGCAGCUCAGCAGAUCAUUGAGCUUCAAGAAGCUGCCCAGAUUAAUGCAGGCCUUCAGCCGACCAACCUAGGAAGGAACAAUAGUCUCCAUGACAUGAAAACCGUGGUGAAAACCUGGCGGAACAGACUGCCAAUUGUUUCAGAUGACUUGUCUCACUGGAGCAGUAUCUUUAUGUGGAGGCAGCAUCAUUACCAAGCUAUAGUGAAUGCAUAUGACAACAGCACUCAACAUGAUCCAAGCUCCAACAAUGCAAUGCUGGGUGUGCACGCCUCCGCCUCUGCUAUCAUCCAGUAUGGAAAGAUCGCCAGGAAACAAGGACUGGUGAAUGUAGCACUGGACAUUCUGAGCCGUAUUCACACCAUCCCUACAGUACCCAUUGUGGACUGUUUCCAGAAGAUCCGACAGCAGGUCAAAUGUUAUCUUCAACUGGCUGGAGUCAUGGGGAAGAAUGAAUGCAUGCAGGGUCUGGAGGUGAUUGAAUCAACCAACUUGAAAUACUUUACAAAGGAGAUGACUGCUGAGUUCUACGCAUUGAAGGGAAUGUUUUUGGCUCAGAUUAACAAGUCUGAAGAUGCAAACAAGGCUUUCUCUGCUGCGGUGCAGAUGCAUGAUGUGCUGGUCAAAGCAUGGGCCAUGUGGGGUGACUAUCUAGAGAACAUUUUCGUGAAGGAACGCCAGCUGCAUCUGGGUGUGUCCGCUAUUACAUGCUACCUCCAUGCAUGUCGCCAUCAAAAUGAAAGCAAGUCCAGGAAGUAUUUGGCAAAGGUACUCUGGCUCCUGAGCUUUGACGAUGACAAGAACACACUGGCAGAUGCGUAGACAAGUACUGCAUUGGUGUUCCACCUAUCCAGUGGUUGGCAUGGAUCCCACAACUUCUCACCUGUCUAGUUGGCUCAGAAGGAAAACUCCUUUUAAAUCUCAUCAGCCAGGUUGGAAGAGUUUAUCCUCAAGCUGUCUAUUUUCCCAUCCGGACUCUUUAUUUAACACUGAAGAUCGAGCAGAGGGAGCGUUACAAGAGUGACUCUGGACAGCACCAGCCGAGUUCAGUCGGCACUCAGUCACAUUCUGCUUCUGACCCAGGACCAAUCAGAGCCACAGCACCCAUGUGGAGGUGCAGCAGAAUCAUGCACAUGCAACGGGAGCUGCACCCCACUCUGUUGUCAUCGCUGGAGGGCAUCGUAGACCAGAUGGUUUGGUUCAGAGAAAACUGGCAUGAAGAGGUCCUGCGUCAACUGCAACAGGGACUUGCCAAGUGUUACUCUGUGGCCUUUGAGAAAAGCGGGGCAGUUUCUGAUGCUAAAAUCACCCCUCAUACCCUGAACUUUGUGAAAAAGUUGGUGAGCACAUUCGGAGUGGGGCUGGAGAACGUCUCCAAUGUGUCCACCAUGUUUUCUAGUGCUGCCUCUGAGUCAUUGGCCAGGAGGGCCCAAGCUACAGCACAAGACCCAGUCUUCCAGAAGCUAAAGAGCCAGUUCACCACAGACUUUGACUUCAGCGUCCCUGGUUCCAUGAAGCUGCACAAUCUCAUUUCCAAACUGAAAAAGUGGAUCAAAAUUCUGGAGGCCAAAACGAAGCAACUACCUAAAUUCUUCCUGAUCGAAGAGAAAUGCCGCUUCUUGAGCAAUUUCUCUGCUCAGACAGCAGAAGUCGAGAUUCCAGGGGAAUUCCUAAUGCCGAAACCCACACAUUAUUACAUCAAAAUUGCCAGAUUUAUGCCUAGAGUAGAGAUUGUCCAGAAGCACAACACUGCUGCCAGAAGACUGUACAUACGUGGGCACAAUGGCAAGAUCUACCCAUACCUGGUCAUGAACGACGCCUGUCUGACAGAGUCCCGCAGGGAGGAGCGGGUUUUACAGCUGCUGAGACUUCUGAAUCCAUGCCUAGAAAAAAGAAAGGAGACCACAAAACGUCAUCUUUUCUUCACCGUCCCCCGUGUUGUGGCCGUCUCACCGCAGAUGCGUCUGGUUGAAGACAAUCCCUCUUCUCUCUCCUUGGUGGAGAUCUAUAAGCAGCGCUGUGCCAAGAAAGGCAUCGAGCAUGACAACCCUAUUUCACGUUACUAUGACAGAUUGGCUACAGUUCAAGCGCGAGGGACUCAAGCCAGUCAUCAGGUUCUGCGCGACAUCCUGAAAGAGGUGCAGAGUAACAUGGUGCCACGCAGCAUGCUGAAGGAGUGGGCUUUACACACGUUCCCCAACGCCACCGACUACUGGACCUUCAGAAAGAUGUUUACCAUCCAGCUAGCUUUGAUCGGCUUUGCAGAAUUUGUCUUUCAUUUGAACAGGCUGAAUCCAGAGAUGCUGCAGAUUGCACAGGAUACCGGCAAGCUAAAUGUGGCCUACUUUCGGUUCGAUAUCAAUGAUGCUACAGGAGAUCUAGACGCCAACCGCCCUGUCCCAUUUCGAUUAACCCCAAACAUUUCCGAGUUUCUCACUACAAUUGGGGUGUCAGGGCCACUGACUGCUUCCAUGAUUGCUGUGGCUCGGUGCUUUGCACAGCCCAAUUUCAAGGUUGAUGGCAUCCUAAAAACUGUACUGCGAGAUGAAAUAAUCGCCUGGCACAAGAAGACACAAGAGGACACUUCUUCUCCGCUAUCACCAGCUGGGCAACCUGAGAACAUGGACAGCCAGCAGCUCGUGUCAUUGGUCCAGAAAGCCGUCACGGCCAUUAUGUCACGACUGCACAACUUGGCUCAGUUCGAUGGUGGAGAGAGCAAAGUCAACACACUAGUGGCUGCUGCCAACAGCCUGGACAACUUGUGUCGUAUGGACCCUGCAUGGCACCCAUGGUUAUAA